UGAGAAAGACCUAGUUACUGCACAGUAGCUUGGCCAACUCUGGCUUCCAGGCCAUCCUUCUGGGAUUUCCCCGGGAAGUGGGGUCUGGGUGAAUCCAGACCUGCCAGCGUUGUGCCACUCAGCCUUGGCCUUCCUGCUCAAGGCUGUGCCUGCUCCAUCAAGCCUAAUGAUCUUUGCAGGGGGAGAGUGUGGUCUAGGUUCUCUGGAUACAGAGGAGGGAGGAGCUGUCCAUCCUCAGGCAUCGGCUAGGUAAGAGGAGUAGGUAUUGUCCGGUCUUAAGUGAACUUUGCAACAUCUUUAUUUCCUGGCUGCACGCCUGCCCUCCAGGCAUGGGGUCAGAGGGAGAGUGCCCACCCCAUGUCUGGGCUCUUCCCAGAGGGUGGUGGUUCUUUUCCCCAGGUCCUGGGCAGGAGUGGCAGUGGUGUUGGGGUUUCCACAGCCAAGAGUCAUGCCAGGGCCAAGUCCAGAGGUCUUCCUACCUGUCCUGUUCUCCCCUCUCCCAUCUCUCCAUGUCUGCCGUCCUGACUUCUCUGCCUGGCCGUGGGCCCAGGGCGGAGGCCUGCCUGGCCAGAGAGAAUGGCCCUAUAGAAGCCUCUAGAUGGGGAAUGCCCUCCCGAGCUUCCAGACAUGCAGGCAACUUUGCCUUACCUUAUCUCCUCUCUGGCCAGCCCAAGGCUUCCAACCUGAGUGCUGGCAACAGUCUGAGUUGGAGAUGUCUCCUUUUCCUUCCCUUGGCUGGCAUAGGAGGGCAGGCACAGAAUGUUCCAGGCCCUCCCCUUCCUCGGUAGAUUUUUGACUCAUGAGCAUUCCCACCGUGCCUCCCCGAGGCUCUGCCCUGUGCCAAGCUUAGGGAUGCCAGGAUGAGUAAGACCCAGGCUUCUACUCGGGCCGAGAAGGGGGAGAGACACAUAAACAGCAUACAGGAGAGAGACAAAGUCUCCAAGGGCCUUGGCGUCUCCUCCCUCGAGUAACUCAGAAUGUCCAUGUUUUGGAAAAAGAAGGAGGUGUUCCUCUUCCUUUUCCCUUUUGCUUUCGCUUUCUCUGGGCACUGCACCCGUCCAUGUCCCUGAUCCCUGUGACAGUCGCGGCAUGGACCCACCUGAGAGACUUUCUUCUGCUGCUUGGGGACCCUCCCGGGGCCUGGAGCUCGGAGAAAUCAAAAACUUCCCCUCAAACUCCCAGAGCCCAGAGCCUGAAGGCUGAGCCCAGAGUAAGCCACGGGCAGAGACGACAGCAUAAAAUGUGGUUAUGAAAUGUGUACCCAGGAGGCUUUCCAGGCUCAGAGGAGCCAGCUGGUGGGGUUAAUUGUCUCGGGGUCCCUGGAGGGCUUCGAGAGCAUCCUGGACUGGCUGCUUUCCUGGGAAGUCCUCUCCUGGGAAGACUACGAGGGCCUCAGCCUCCUGGGCCAGCCGCUUUCACACUUGGCCAGGCGCCUCCUGGACACUGUCUGGAACAAGGGCACUUGGGGCUGUGAACAGCUCAUCGCGGCCGUCCGGGAGGCCCAGACCGACUACCAGGCCCGGGAGCUGUCCAGCUGCUGGGACCCCCACUCGCCCCACCCAGCCCGGGACCUGCAGAGUCACCGGCCAGCCAUCGUCAGGAGGCUCCACAGCCACGUGGAGGGUGUGCUGGAUCUAGCCUGGGAGCACGGUUUCAUCAGCCAGUACGAAUGUGAUGAAAUCCGGUUGCCCAUCUUCACGUCCUCCCAGCGGGCAAGGAAGCUCCUCGAUCUUGCCACAGUGAAGGCGAAUGGGUUGGCUGCCUUCCUUCUACGUCAUGUUCAGAAAUUGCCAGUCUCGGUGGCCCUGCCUUUUGAAGAUGCUGCAUGUAAGAAGUAUAUGUCCAAGCUAAGGACCACGAUAUCUGCUCAGUCUCGCUUUCUGAGCACCUACGAUGGGGCAGAGAAUCUUUGCCUAGAGGAAAUAUACACAGAGAAUGUUCUGGAAGUCCGGACAGAGCGGGGCCCGGCCGGACUCCCACAGAAGAGCCCUGUGACGCUGGGCCUGGAGGAGCUCUUCGGCACCCGUGACCACCUCAAUGAAGAUGCAGACACUGUGCUGGUGGUGGGCGAGGCGGGCAGCGGCAAGAGCACACUGCUACAGCAGAUGCACCUGUUGUGGGCCUCAGGGCGUGACUUCCAGGAAUUUCUCUUCGUCUUCCCAUUCAGCUGCCGACAGCUGCAGUGUGUGGUCAAGCCGCUGUCUGUGCAGACGCUGCUCUUUGAACACUGCUGUUGGCCUGACCUUGGCCAACAGGAGGUCUUCCAGUUCCUCCUUGACCACCCCAACCGUGUCCUCUUAACUUUCGAUGGCUUUGAUGAGUUCAAGUUCAGGUUCUCGGAUCGUGAGCGUCACUGCUCUCCGACCGACCCCACCUCUGUCCAGAAUCUGCUGUUCAACCUUCUGCAGGGCAACUUGCUCAAGAACGCGCGCAAGGUGCUGACCAGCCGUCCGGAUGCGGUGUCCGCACUGCUCAGGAAAUACCUGCGUUUGGAACUCCACCUCAAGGGCUUCUCGGAAGAGGGCAUCGAGCUGUACCUGAGGAAGUGCCACCGUGAGCCGGGGGUGGCCGACCGCCUCGUCCGCCUGCUCAAAGCAACCUCACCCCUGCAUGGGUUGUGCCACCUUCCUGUUGUCUCGUGGAUGGUGUCCAAAUGCCACCAGGAACUGUUGUUGCAUGGUGGCGGGUCCCCAAAGACCACCACGGAUCUGUACCUGCUGAUCCUGCAGCAUUUUCUGCUGCAUGCCUCCCCACCACACUUGGUGCCCUGCGGUCUGGCACCCGGCCUGCUUCAAGGCAGGCUCCCCUCCCUCCUGCACCUGGGCCGGCUGGCUGUCUGGGGCCUGGGCACAUGCUGCUACGUGUUCUCAGACAAGCAGCUCCAGGCAGCACACAUCGACAGCGAGGACAUUUCUCUUGGCUUCCUGGUGCAUGCCAAGAGCGUUGUGCAGGGGGGCACAGCCCCCCUGGAAUUCCUGCACAUCACCUUCCAGUGUUUUUUUGCAGCCUUGUACCUUGUGCUUAGUGCUGACUUGUCGCCGUCCUUGCUCAGACAACUCUUCAGUUGUCACGGGCCACGCAGCUCGCUGCUGGCCCGGCUGCUGCCCCCCAUGUGCGUGCCACGCUCAGAGCACCAGGAGGGCAGCAUGGCCGCUUUGCUGCAAGAGGCUGAGCCCCACAACCUCCAGAUCACAGCAGCCUUCCUGGCGGGGCUGCUGUCCUGGGAGCACCAGGGCCUGCUGGCUGGGAGCCAGGUGUCCGAGAAGGCCCUGCUCCAGCGCCAGGCCUGCGCCCGCAGCUGUCUGUCCUGCAGCCUCCGCAAGCACUUCCACUCCAUCCCUCCGGCCGUGCCGGGGGAGGCCAAGAGCAUGCACGCCAUGCCUGGCUUCAUCUGGCUCAUCCGGAGCCUGUACGAGAUGCAGGAGGAACGGCUGGCCCGGGAGGCCGUGCGGGGGCUCAAGGUCGGGCACUUGAAGCUGACGUUUUGCGGCCUGGGCCCCGCGGAGUGUGCUGCCCUGGCGUUUGUGCUGCGGCAUCUCCGGCGUCCCGUGGCCCUGCAGCUGGACCACAACUCCGUAGGGGAUGUUGGUGUGGAGCAGCUGCUGCCUUGCCUCAACGUCUGCAAGGCUCUAUACUUGCGGGAUAACAACAUCUCAGACCGAGGCGUCUGCAAGCUCGUGGAGCGUGCCCUGCACUGUGAGCAGCUGCAGAAGUUAGCACUCUUCAACAACAAACUGACCGAUGGCUGUGCACCCUCCAUGGCCAGGCUCCUCUCGUGCAAGCGGAACUUCCUGGCGUUAAGGCUGGGGAAUAACCACAUCACUGCCACAGGAGCCCAGGUGCUGGCCGAGGGGCUCAGAGCCAACGCCUCCUUGCAGUUCUUGGGGUUGUGGGGCAACAAGGUGGGUGACGAGGGGGCCCAGGCCUUGGCUGAAGCCUUGGGGGAUCACCAGAGCUUGAGGUGGCUCAGCCUAGUGGGCAACAACAUUGGCAGCACAGGGGCUCAAGCCUUAGCGUUAAUGUUGGAAAAGAACGUGGCGCUGGAAGAACUCUGCCUGGAGGAGAACCGUCUCCAGGAUGAAGGUGUGUGUUCUCUUGCCGAAGGACUUGAGAGGAAUUCAAGUUUGAAAGUUCUGAAGCUGUCUGACAACUGCAUCACCUACUUUGGGGCAGAAGCCCUCCUGCGGGCCCUGGAAAGGAAUGACACCAUCCUAGAAGUCUGGCUCCGAGGCAACUCGUUCUCUGCUGAGGAAGUGGAGAGGCUCGGCCUGAGAGACACCAGACUCUUGCUCUGAAGCCUGGGGGCCAAUGUUGAUCUCAGCAUGUUUGUGAGCAGGCUGCGGGUUUGGACCCCUAAAGCUGGAUUACAGAGCCGUGUCCUGCCCAGGUCAGGGCUGGUGGAGUGGGUCAUCUCUGUGCCAGCAGAGGAAGGAGCAACAGGGUCCUUCAGAGCAAACUUUUCUGCAGCCGAUUUUGCGUCUGGUUCUGCCCAAGAUUCAGUCCACGGAAUGUAGCAGAAGGGCAGCUCCUCCCUGCCUCCUGCUGAUCUGACACAGGACAGCGGGGCCCAUGGAUGUUAUCGUAUCCUUGUGGAUUCGAGAACUGGAUCCUCAGGAGAGGCCCCUUCCUGCCUGACUCACAAUGAGGAGGGGAACUCAGGACGCAACUUUCCGCCAGGUUUUCACUCCUGGGUGGUCAUCUCUCCAGGCUGUUCCCCACAUCUGGGCCCUCCCCCCAUUCUGGAUCCCCCUGCACGUGGGAAGGAUUCAGAAUACUCGAUGUUUUCAGCUUUGAUAUUUAGAGCCACAAAUGCAGGGUGGGAAGGGCUAUAAUUUACCUGCUGUCCUUCCCGAUACUUAAGACAUUAUUGAAAGAGGACACGUGACAGCCACUUAGUUCCCCCAGACAUUCUGGAUUUUCAAGGAAAAUAAGACCACACUACAGCUGAUAUCGCACACACACUUUUAUUGCUGGGGAAAUCAAAUAGUCUUCAGUUAAGCUUUUGGAAGCCGCUCUCCACCCAAAUGCAGUGUUGUAGAAUCAGUCCUGGCCAGGAUUUGGAGCGAUUCCCCCAGGGCUCUGGCUGGUGCCUGGGAGAGGGACUCUGACAGCAGACUUCCAAAAUAGAUUCAGAAGAGGUGAUUCGGUGUUACGUGAUAAAAAGUUAUGGAUCAGAAGUUUACAGGGGCAAGAUCAAAGACUUUUCCUUAUAAGACAGAUGUUUUCCCGGACUUUUUUUUUUUUUCCCCCCAAAUGAUGCAUGUUGAAGCCUCUGUAAGGACACUGGUUAAUAUUUACAAACCACUUUGUUUUAUUCCCCCCAGUUUGUUUUUUAUAAAAAAUACAACCACGGAUUUUACACUGUAAAUAGUCAUAGCGAAGAAAAUGGUGGAGAGCCCUCCCCCCACCCAAGCUGUCUUCAUUGUGACCAA